AUGGAGGGCAUUACAUGCGAUAAGGAUGGAUUCGUCACCGCCAUAUUUGUGGUUCUUGAGACGUUUGGAGGUCCAAUACCCGCCAUAAUCAGCAAUUUUCAACGUCUCAGAGACUUGUCACUUCUUUUCUGCCAACUCACGGGCACCAUCCCCGAUUCCCUGUUCAACUUACCACAUCUCGUGAGCCUCCACCUACCCGGUAAUCUCCUCUCUGGUACGCUUCCAGAAGGCUUCAGCCGAUUGACAAACUUAAAACACCUGACUCUUAGUUUCAAUCAACUUUCUGGGCCAAUAGACAUCCUUUGCAACCUGCGACAGCUCGAAUAUAUGAGCCUUGUUGAGACCCUGUUUGGCGGUUUCCUACCUGAACAACUGAGCAACCUCAUCAACCUUCGUAGCAUGGACCUUUUGAAGAACCACUUUAAUGGAAGCAUCCCGGCGUCCAUCAGCAACAUGGCUUCCUUGGAACGAUUAGUUCUGGAUUACAACCAGGUCACUGGCACCAUUCCGGACUCCUUCAGUCGCAUGCAGCGUCUUGCACACCUCUCACUUGCAGAGAACCAGCUGACAGGAUCCAUCCCUGAGUCACUCUCAGCCCUUUGUGCUUUGACUGACUUGCGGUUAUACAGCAACCAUCUGACUGGGUCCAUUCCAGCAUCUCUAGCAUCAUUGAAGAAUUUAAAAUCCCUAUGGCUCAACUGGAACCACCUCUCAGGAAGCAUACCUGCUGCAAUAGGCGACCUCGUGCAGAUAGAACACUUGGGUCUUUCAUCUAUUGAAGUGUCUGGCUCCAUACCAACAGCCAUUUGGAGGCUCACCAACCUCGUCAUGAUGUCCUUAGCAGACAAUAUGCUGUACGGGACCGUUCCAAGCAACCUCAGCAAGCUAUCCAAGCUUCAAUACCUGCAACUCAGGGACAACCAGCUCUCGGGGCCGAUUGACAUGGUCGUACAGACCAUGACGAAUCUUAUCCAGCUAAGCCUCAGCGGUAACCGGUUCUCUGGGCGUCUUCCCAGCCCUGCCUCUCCGUUUAUCGAGAAGUACACAGUGAACAACAACUUCUUCUCGCAUGGCCAGGUCAAGUUUACCAACUGCUCAGCUGUCACAUGGAGUGUCGAUGCCAACUGCCUCUCCAGCGACCUUCGCAUCUGUGGCCUUCGUCACGCCCCGAACCUCAAUUCAACCUGUGCUGCGUUCUGUGGGGUGGCGAUCGGUGCUGUUGCCCCUGUGUGUGGGGGGCGUGGCUACUGCUCUGUGAAUGAGUUCACUGCAAUCGGAGAGUGUUUCUGCGAUCCCAACUACAUGCUCAAUAGUACCAACACCAACGAUUGUGUGCCUGGAGCCGUGGGAGCAUCACUGGCAUCGGGCUCGGCCUAUGUGUCGCUGCAGGGGUCAGCUGCUGUGCUUUCCAACGGCUCCAUUCUUCUCACAGGAGGGGGGCCCAACCAGCAGGGAGCAGCGUUUGCCUCUCCCGCGCUGCGCCUCUUCUACUUCCCCAACAAGCGCUCCCUCUGCGGGAUUGAGCUCGCAUUCACCGCUGCCUUCAGCUUUGUUAUGAGUCCAGCGAGCCAGGGGGGGGAUGGAGAGGGCCAGGCCUCAGGUGGGGAGGGCCUUGCGUUUGUGGUGGCAGCAGCUGCUGCUGGCAAGGGGGCGAGUGUGGGGCUGGGAGGGGUGGGGAAGCGGAGUGUGGCGGUGGAGUUUGACUCGGUGCUGAGUGUGAAGCACAGCGACCCCAACGACAACCACGUGGGCGUCAAUGUGGGCGGCUCACCUGUGUCCCUCGCCUCUGCCACGGCCCCUCUCAUCCUCAACGACGCCCACACCAAGCACGCCUGGAUCCACUACGACCCCACCAGCGCCGGCACCCUCCGAGUCUUCCUCUCCUCCGACCCCCAGCAGCCCCUCGGCCCCACCCUCACAGCAAGCGUGUCUCUCUGCUCCGCGCUCAAGCCCACUGCAUCCGACUCCCUCUUCCUCUUCGGCUUUGUUGCUCUUUCGAACAACUGGCCACAAACGCAUGUCAUUCUGACCUGGGACUUCAAGACAGUCGCAAUGUGA